AGCCGCAAAUUGUCAGCGGCGAGCGCUUGAGCAUGCUCCAAGACAACGGAUUUUUCAGCCAAUCAGCGGUUUUUCCGCCGUGCCAUACAUGACGCAUACGGUCUUAGGUACCAAGCUCCUUACCGCGCACACGUGUGUUAAAAUGGCGAAGAGUAUUCGGUCGAAAAGGAAACGAAAACUUCGGGCUGAAAGGAGAGAAAAAUUAAAGCCAAAGGUGAAGGCGAAAUUGGAGGAGAUACUUGGAAUAAGCGACAAGGAAAUGAUUGUGGAGACAGAGGGUCUCGAGUUAGAUAAAAACGAAGAAAAAGCACAAGAAGAAAUACACAAAAACCAAGAAGACAAAACGGUCGACGCAGAUGCUAUGGAAGGCACAGAGGAUGUUGUAAUGAAAUCUGAAGAUGGAACACAGAAGAAGCCUGGAAAAAAGGCUCUCAAGAGAAUAAAUAAGAAAAAGAAUUUGAAGAGGCUCAUGAAGAAGAAAAGAAAAAAUCAAAAGAUAUUUAAGUGGUGAUUUUAGUAGAACCUGUGUAUGGCAUACUAUUUAUUGCCAGGCAUUGUUUGUGCUAACUGAAUUUCCCAUGGAAAAUACUGGAAUUCUGUUCCAUUACUUUGUGGUAAAUUUCCUUCCCAGAGAUGCUAUGUUAAGCUUUUGAGUGAUCCUGUUAUCCAGGGCAAAGAUAAGUUUAUAGAUUAUAACAUUACUUUUAACUUCUUCAUGGAUCACUUGUAUCAUAGCAAAGUGACUGCUAAACACAUUAUAGUGGCAUUUAUUUAAUCUACGCUCAUAAAAGUUAAAACAGUAUCUUUUGCUUAGAGUGACAGUUCAAACACAAUGAAAUGUUAUGGGACAUGGUAAGGAAGAUGCUGUUGACACCAUGUUGAAUAAUAAGGUCAUUAUCCUUUAGUGUACAUUUUAUUCUGAUAUGUAAAGGCAAUAAUGUUAUAUCCUGGUUGAUUACAUGUUGUUUAAUGGUCAUUGCCAUAUCAAUGUUGAAAAUAGACAAAAGUGAAGUUGUUGACUAUUGGAAAACAGCUUUCAAACUAUGAGCUGCAAGUGACCAAAGUAUUAAAUUAGUGCAGAAUUUCUUCUGUUGAUUAUAGCCUUCUUCACUUUAGUUCUUGGAGUGUGUUGAUCAUCAUAAACCUGGAAAAUAGGAUGUACAGCCUCCUAAACCACAGCAAUUGACUUCUGUGAGCAUACAUGGCCUUCUGUUGACACAAUGUCCAACAUUCAUAAGUCAGUAUAUAUAUUAAACAAAUUAUUUGACAUUUA